GGAGCGUCCAGCUUGGGCUUCUUCACAUUCCAGUGACUUGAUGCUAAGAAUUUACAGAGCUGAGUCACAUGUUGGCCUCCAAGAAUAUAAAACAGCCAUAGAAGCUCUAAAUUUUGUUAUUUCUAAAAUGCCAAAUUGGCCAGAGGUCUACUUCCGGAAAGGAAAAGUGCUGCAAGACUCUGGCUUUGUAGGUGAUGCCUUACAACUGUUUCUACAGUGCUUAGCCCUUGAUGAGGACUUUCUUCCAGCCAAGCUAGAAGUGGAAAGGACAUUGUGUGAUGUGCUGUCACCAGAGAAGUUAGGAGAGAGUCUGAAGGAAUCUGCUUGGAAUUCACCACAUACUCGAAAUAAACCUUUGAUACUUGGUUCUGAGGUGACUGAGUCUUACUGCAACUUACAGCUUUGUCCUGAGCAGAGUUUAGGAGGAUCAGAGGUACUGGAGCCUGUCAGUGGAAGCUUAAAUCGUGCACAGUCUGCCCAUGCUCUUAACUCAACAAAAGACCUUGCCAAGGAAGAUGGCUUAAAGAGAGUGUCUUCUGAACCCCUUCUCUCUGGCCAAGAAAAAGGUGCUUUGUUGAAAAGAAAGCUUUCCUUUUCAGAACAGGAUACAGUUGUAUCUGAAGAUGGAAGAAACAAGCACAAAAAGCAAGGAGGAAGUACAAAAAGGGACAUGACACUGGCUUUUGGAACAAUUCCAGGGGAUUUGAUUGAUGUAUCAGAUUUUGAGUGCUCUCUAUGUAUGAGGCUAUUCUUUGAGCCAGUGACAACCCCUUGUGGACAUACUUUUUGCAAAGGUUGCUUGGAACGGUGUUUAGACCAUGCUCCUCAGUGUCCACUCUGUAAGGAGAGUUUGAAAGAGUACCUUGCAAGCAGAAAAUACAGCAUCACAGAACUGCUGGAGGAAUUAAUAGUGAAAUAUUUGUCUGAUGAAUUAUAUGAGAGAAAAAGAAUUCAUGCUGAAGAAACAGCUGAACACUCAAACUUGACCAAGAAUGUUCCAAUAUUUGUUUGCACUAUGGCAUAUCCUACUGUGCCUUGCCCUCUACAUGUGUUUGAGCCAAGAUACCGACUAAUGAUUCGCAGAAGUAUGGAAACUGGGACUAAACAGUUUGGGAUGUGUAUAAGUGAUUCUCAAAAUGGUUUUGCAGAUUAUGGAUGCAUGCUGCAAAUUAGGAACGUUCAUUUUCUACCUGAUGGACGGUCUGUUGUUGAUACAGUUGGUGGAAAGAGAUUUAGAGUUUUACGGAGAGGGAUGAAAGAUGGUUAUUGCACUGCAGACAUCGAAUAUUUGGAAGAUGUUAAGGUUGCUGAUGAAGAAGAACUAAAGAAACUGAGAGAACUUCACAAUUUUGUUUACAAUCAGGCCUGCAGUUGGUUCCAAAACUUAAGAAACAAAUUUCGCACUCAAAUUCUUCAGCACUUCGGACCAAUGCCUGGCAGGGAGGAAAAUAUACAGGCAAUGCCCAAUGGUCCUGCUUGGUGUUGGUGGCUUCUAGCUGUUCUCCCAGUAGACCCCAGAUAUCAGCUGUCAGUUCUCUCCAUGAUGUCUUUAAAAGACCGUCUGAUAAAAAUCCAACAUAUACUCACAUAUUUUUCUAGAGACCAGUCCAAGUGACUAACCGCCUGGGUCUUCCUGAAAAGUUACUCUGUUCUGGUUGUAGUAGCAGCUGGAAUUUUUGCUGCCUUUGCACAUCUAGCGCUGGUUUGAGAAGUGUAAUGGAACUGCUUUUUCUCUCUGCUCCCCACCCUCCCGACUUCCUGAACCAUGCGGUUCUUUGAAUGCACACUUUCCUCAACUAUGAGAGAAGACCACUGAUGAUUGCACAGCGUCAAUCCAGCUAGAUAUGUUUUUCACGUUAUCUACAUUACAAUUUGCACUAUGUAGAAGAGAACCUUUUUGAGACUUGAUAAUUUUAGCCACUGACUUUUUAAAGCUGUGGGAAGUGCAGGACUUAAGGCUGACAGUCCAAGUUUACAACAUUGAGGAGGUAUUAAAGGUUUUGCAAAUGUUUGCCUCAUACAACUGUUCUUUUGCUGUUUGCACAAAUAUUUGAAAUAUAGUAUUGAAUGUCACUGUUGGAUAUUACUACUCUUGUUGAAAUUAUCUUGACCAUGAAUAUGGCACAGAUUUUUAAGUUAUCUUGUAAAUGUAUGCAUCACAAAACAGGUGACAUUAUGAACUGUAUGCUGAACUGAGAGCCAUUUUUAAGGAAC